AAGGAAGGAAGGAAGGAAGGGAAUCUUUCCCAUCUGCAUCUCUCUGUGUUGGGCUCUCUUCUUCCCUUCCUCCAUGGAAACGGCUCCCUUCCGAAAGCGCAGAUUGGGCACAUCCAUCUCCCCCUCCCACGCUCAAAGCGCACUGAUGCCACGCUUCUUCUCCUUCUUCUUCUCCUCUGCUGACACCGUUUCAUGUUCUCUUCUGCUUUGUUUUCCAGGCGCCUCGGGGACACUGACAACGACGCAGAGCCCUUUUACAUUACAGAUUCAGGGGAACCCCGAAGAAUUGAGGACGGUCCCCAAGGAAGGAGGGCAGAGAGGCAGAGAACGGUGCCAGCUUCUCUGGCCGGCCGAAGGAUGUUGAGCCCAACGAUGGGCGACCGCCAGAGCCAUGCCAACAGCCUCUUCCUGAACGAGGGCUCCUCCAAGCGGUUGGGCUCUGGAGGACGGGCCCAGCGACUGCGCCAUGCCCUGGGCAAGCGGGCCGCCCAUGCCCGGAAGCGAAUGCGCAUGGGCCUUUUCACACGGGAUGGCCUCCGGGCCUGCCUCCACCGCAACGCCUUCGUCCUGCUCACAAUCUCUGCUGUCCUGCUAGGUGUGACGCUGGCACUGGCUUUGCGCCCGUACCGGAUGAGCUACCGGCAGAUCAAGUACUUCUCCUUCCCCGGGGAGCUCCUGAUGCGGAUGCUGCAGAUGCUGGUGCUGCCGCUCAUUGUCUCCAGUCUCAUCACAGGUAUGGCUUCCCUGGACGGCAGUGCCUCGGGCAAGAUGGGGAUGCGGGCCGUCAUUUACUACAUGAUGACCACCAUCAUUGCCGUCUUCAUUGGGAUCUUCAUGGUCCUCAUCAUCCACCCAGGAAAAGGCAGCAAGGAGAAGCUCCAUCGCGAAGGCAAGAUCGAGCAAGUCCACACCACCGAUGCCUUCAUGGACCUCAUCCGGAAUAUGUUCCCACCCAACCUUGUAGAAGCCUGCUUCAGACAGUACAAGACGCAGUACAGCCUCCGCCUGGUCAACCGGACUGCUGGGAAAAGCCUCUCAGACGCUGCUACUGCUCCUCGUCCUCCGCUGCUACAGAACCUCAGCCUCGGAAACGGUGCCUUCAAUGCCUCCUCCUCCUCCACUCCGGCAUUGCUGGAGGAGGCCACGACUGUCUGGCGCAACGUGACGCAGGCGCUGGCUGGGGGGGCGGCGGGGGUGGCCCACGAGGAGGAGGAAGUGGUGCCCGGCCCAGGGUCGGUCAACGGGGUCAACGCCCUGGGCCUGGUGGUCUUCUCCAUCUGCUUUGGGUUGGUCAUUGGGAACAUGAAGCAGAAGGGUCAGGCCCUGCGGGAGUUCUUUGACUGCCUCAACGAAGCCAUCCUGCGCAUGGUCUCCGUCAUCAUCUGGUACGCCCCCAUUGGCAUCCUUUUCCUGAUCGCCGGCAAGAUCUUGGAGAUGGAGGACCUGACGGUGAUGGGGGGGCAGCUGGGGAUGUACACACUGACGGUCAUUGUGGGGCUGCUGAUCCAUGGCCUCUGCGUCCUGCCCCUCAUCUUCUUUGUCAUCACCCACAAGAACCCCUGGCGCUUUGUGGCCGGGCUCCUGCAGGCCUUGGUUACCGCCAUGGGCACCUCCUCCAGCUCGGCCACACUGCCGGUCACCUUCCGCUGCCUGGAGGAGAACAACGGGGUGGACAAAAGGGUCACCCGGUUCGUGUUGCCCGUCGGGGCCACCAUCAACAUGGAUGGGACCGCACUUUAUGAGGCCCUGGCCGCCAUCUUCAUCGCACAAGUCAACAACUAUGAGCUCGAUUUCGGGCAAAUCAUCACCAUAAGCAUCACGGCCACGGCAGCCAGCAUCGGGGCAGCCGGCAUCCCGCAAGCGGGCCUGGUGACCAUGGUGAUUGUGCUUACCUCUGUGGGGCUGCCGACCGAAGACAUCACGCUGAUCAUGGCCGUGGACUGGUUCCUAGACCGCCUGAGGACCACCAUCAACGUCUUGGGGGACUCCUUGGGGGCCGGCAUCGUGGAGCACUUGUCCCGCCAUGAGCUGGAGCUGCACGACUCGGAGCUCAGCAACUCAGUCCUGGAGGAGAACGAGAAGCCCUACCACCUGAUCUACCAGGAGAGCGACGGCCACAAGCCCCUCGGCGGCGAGACCUCCAUGUGAUACAGGCUGGGCACCAUCCCUCCAAGCACCAUGACUUUUAAGAGAGAGGAAGCUGAACGAAUGAAUGAGCCCAUUUCCUUCCCGCAUCUCUCUUUGUUCUUCCUUGAACGCUGCUGCAAAAAAGCCGAAACGAGCCAGAGGAGGGAAAUGAAACCCCAAAUCCUGGGACAGAAAUUUUGCUCUCCUCCCGACUUAUUUAAACCUUGUGCCAAUUAUAAUUAUCACCAUUAUUAUUAUUACUAUUAUUAUUGUUUGUGGCCAAUGGUUUCAAACACUCUUUAUAGCACUUAUAAGGAAGCCAAGCCAAAAUGGGGCCGAUUUUGGGGUUAACAGGGGUGCCUUUGUUGGGAUCUCAAGGGUUGGUUCUUUGCAGAGAUGCUCUUCAGAGUAUCCGUAUAGUAAGCGAAUGAACCAUCCGGAGUUUGGGGUAGACUGCUCUCGGCCAUGGAUGCCCCAUUCAGCCGGAUUGGGAUUGCUCCUUCCUCUUCUGUGCCUUUUCCCCAUGCUUCCUGGGGGAGAGGCAUGCCAUGUAUUUGUUGGUAGGGCCAAAGGGUGAGAAUCCUGGCUUUACACAUAAGUGCAUGAAAUAAAAGCACUUCCACACACACACACACACACACACACACACAUAUUGAAUUGCACAGGUGGAGGUUAUUUUCAAGCCUUGGAAAGUCUCAUAGUAUAGGAUUGUCUGACUCUAUAGCCCUAUUUCUCCACGAGCCUUCUAAUGUCUAUGAGGUUGGAUGGUCAUCUUUCGGGAGGGAUCAAAUGGUGUCCAGAAAAGGCAGAAGUGGGUUGAACUGGUUUCUUUUCCACCUCUAGAACUGUAAGAUUCUAUAGCCCUAUUUUCUCCAUGAACCUUCCAAUGCUUAUUAGGUUGGAUGGCCAUCUGUCAGGAGGAAUUAGAUUAUGUCUUCCUCAACGGAAGAAGGAUGUUGGGCUGGAUGACCUUUGGGAAUCUCUUCCGACUCUAGCAUGGUAUGAUUCCACAGCCCUGUUUCUCCACGAACAUUGUAAUGUCUAUGAGGCUGGGUGGCCAUCUGUCAGGAGGGCUUUCAUGGUGUCUUGGCAGGAUGUGGUUGGAUUGGAUGGCCUUUGGGGAGUCUCUUCCAAUUCUAGGACUGUAUGAUUCCAUAGCCCUAUUACUCUCUAUGAACUUUGUAAUGUCUAUGAGGUUGGGUGGCCAUUGGCCAUCUGUCGGGAGGGCUUUGAUUGUGUCUUCCUUAAUGGCAGAAGGGAGUUGGACUGGAUGGCCCUUAGGGGUCCCUUCCCACUCUAGGAAUUGCUCUGCCUUUAGGUAUUAGGACUUUGUUCCAAAGCAACACAGUAUAUUAUUUGCUCACAAUGCAGUCCAUGAUAGUCGAUGCUCGGCGACUGAGCCGCCUCCAUUGCCUUUGUGUAUUCUUUUCCCAAGCAAUAUUUAUUUGCAUUGUAAGAACAAGAGCAACUCUUAUGGAACAGACCACCUCCGUAUUAUGUUUUCUUCCCUCUAUUUCUAUUUGAAACAGCUCUGAUUGUGAUAAAGAAUAAAGUGAGAUUUUAAAACUGGA